AUGCCUCUCAUCCGAAAGCAUCGUAAGUUGCCCAAGGAGAGAAAGGCGGCUCGGGAGGAACAUCUCAACGAACACAACGAUCACAACCACCACCAGCCGCCUCCUAUGGUCGGCCAACAGCAGCAGCCGUACGCUGGAUAUCAAGACCAACAACAUGACGGCCCGCAGCAGGACCAGUUUUCCCAGCAGCCGCGCCAUGGCGCCGGCAUGGCGGGAAUCGGCAGCGGUGGCAUGAUGGACUACUCCUCUCAGCAGCAACCCGGCAUGGGUCCCCAGUCCAUCAUGCAACAAGGCGGCUCUGGCUCCGGCGUGGGCGGCGCUGGCCCGAACCCGAACGUCCCCCCUGUCACGCACAUCAAUGCGGGCGUGCCCGGGAAUGCGCCCAGCAAGUCUGGGCAGCUGACGGGCAAGGCAGAGCGCGCGGUGGGCUCGCUCGUCGGCAGCCAGGCGCUCAAGGAGCGCGGCUUCAUGAAGGAGCAGGAAGCCGGCGCGUUCAAGAUGCAAAGCGCGGAGAUCGCGGAGGCGGAGCGGCUCGAGAAAGAGGCGCUCAUGCGCCGCGAGCGGGCGGUCGCGCAUGGUGCACACCCCGACAAUCGCCACCUCGGCGGGAUGCAGAACGCGUCGACCCUCGAUGACGUCACGCAGGAUCCGCAACGGUUUUGA